AUGGCCCGUACAGGUCCGCGUGGCGAACGACUUACUCGCGCCCAACAAGAACGCCUGCUCAAGCACGAACUCAAAGGCCUCGGGCAUCAGCUCGAAAAAUUGGAGAAGAAAGCAAAAGCGGAUCAAGCAACGCAAGAUCUUCCCGAGCUCGAUGACCAUAUGCUAGAAGAGCUGUAUCAGGCUUUGAUGCUGCCUCCACCGCCAACAGCUGAAGAGGCAAGGUUGGCAAGGUUAGAAGGAGGGAGGAGGGAAAGGGGGUUGCAGCGAUGCGCAGAACAAGACGGAAGGGGAAGGAGGAUGCUGGGGAUCAUGGAAGGGCCGAUGGCGCUAUUGUCACCGACGAAAGCGGACGAAAGACGCAUGAGGGCAGGCAUGGACUUGAAACAGAAAAUGAUUGAUGCCAGAGAGAAAGGGAAAAUGCUAUUGCCUCCCUCGAGCUCACCGGUGCGAAGGACGCAGGAGUUCCCGACAGCGGAGCUUCCGGAAACCAAAAGGGCAAGCGUGCAAGAGGAACAAAUAGACAUGGUGGCAUUACCCUAUGCCGAACGACAGGAGAUCCGCCUGCAACAGCUGUUUGCCCGACUCUCUUUGGUACAUAGUACUUCAGACGCAAGCACAGCGGAAAGCGAGUCUGGUACCGACUCUUUACAAGACAUCAAGUCGAACCUCGCUCAUCGGAUUGCCAAGAUUCUCCAGGAGCACGACUACAAGCUGCAAUCCGCGUCUCCAGAUUCGGCUGAAAAGAACACCGCAGAAGCCGAGGAAGAAGACCCUGCAUCACCGCCUCCGCCCUUCGCACCGGUCCGACUGGACGGUAGAGCUUCUGCCUUAUCAGCCGCCAAAAACGACCAAAUGCCCCCGGAGACGAAGGGCAAUUCUGCUGCUAAUUCCAGAGAUGACGUGGUCGCUCAUGCGGAAACCAUGAUCAACGAUCUCAGCUCGACAGAAUCGCGCCAGUUCUUGCUGGACUCGAUCGAAAAGCUCGUUCUCUCUGCUUCGGCUUCGACCACGGAUUCUACUACCGUUGCGCCACUGCCAUUAGGCAUAGCCACGACGGAGGAAUGGACUGCGCUCGCCGUCUCUUCUGCGCAAGCUAACGACACAGCCACACUUUCGCGAACCAUGUCACUGAUGCAAGCUGCAGGCUAUCAUCCAGCCCCACUGGAGCUGUACAACAACGUGAUGGACGCCUUUGCCACGAAUGGGCAGGUGGAAUUGUGUCAGGAAUGGCUUCAGCAGAUGUCCGAGGUUGGAUUGGUACCGGACGACCACACGUAUCAUAGCUUGACUAAAGCGUACGUCAACACCUCGCAAUUUGUGCCGGCUAUUCAGCUGAUCAACUCGCUCGAGGCGAGCGGCCGGCCUGCCUCGAUGGCGACCUACACGUUGAUCAUCGAUCGGCUUUUGGAUCCUGUCGUUGCACCGGCGACUGGCGUCAAGGACGAGCGACCUGAACUGCAGGCGUUGGCAUGGAACGUGUUCUACCACAUGCGCUUACACGCACACCCGGUGCCGGACGUACCGCUGUACACGCUCAUGAUCCGAGCUUGUGCUCGGGGCAUUCCUCAACCACACGACAUCGACGACGCUCUCGGAUCCAGCACCAUCUCGGCAUCUCGGGCGCGCCCGAGUUCACGCAUCAGCGAUGCGGAACGAGCACUGGAUCUUUUCCGCGAGAUGACAACGCGCUACUCGGUGCGACCCAACGCCGAGGUCUACAAUGCACUCAUCCUCGCUUGUGCUCGACGCAAGGAUUUCUACCUGGAAGCUUUCCGUUUGCUACGCGAGAUGGUGGAGCUCGAAACGGAACGCUCGCACAUCAAUGCCGGGCACGGCGGAAUGCUUCGAUUCGCCCCCGAUAGGUAUACGUUCAACGCACUGUUGCAAGGGUGUGCGAGGAACCGCGAUUUGGCGCGUGCUCGUUGGGUAUUGGCGGAGAUGAUUCGGAGCACGCUGCCGCUGUUUGAUGCCGAGGUGAGUCAAGGCUUGACGAGGGCGCAGAGCGUGGAGCUACUGAGCAAGAGGCCGAACGAGGAGACAAUGUGUCACGUCUUGCACACGUAUGCUGCGUACGUGCCGCCGGUCAAGAGGACUCAAUUGGCCUCGCAAGCGCAGUCACGGGAGGAGCCACCUUCUGGAGCUGCAACGCCUCUGAGCUCAAGCACGCUUUCGAACACGGACAAGACCGACGACAUAGUUACCGACGCUCACCACGCCAUCGUCGCCAGUGAAGUGCACCAGGACGAAAACACGACAGCUGAAGAAGCUGCACACAUCUUCUCGGCUCUGGUUCCGCAAACGUCGUCGGAUCUGGUCUCGGAAUCGCGCUCGCUGUUUGCGCGAAUCCUUGCCGACCAGCCGACGUCUGACAUCCAAGGUCCGCUCGGGGCUGUGACACCAGGCGUUCGACUGGUGAAUGCGUACCUAACCGUGCUCGCUGCACACCUCCCUCGACAUCAACGUCCUUCCGUCCUACACUCUACUUUGCUCAACGUGGAACAAUCAGACUCGCAAGAGCACGCUUCGUUGGAGUGCGCGUUGUUCGCCAAGUUGCGCUUGGAGCCGAACGAGCAUUCAUACCGGAUUGUGUUGCAGAGUCUGAGCGAGGCUGGUGCGGAAAGUGCGAGGUUAGUCAACGAGGUCUGGGAUAAGUUCCAAGAGUUCAUGGGUAAGCACACGACGGCGACUGAGGGGGGGUUGACCGCUGUGGCACGCGGUGGUGAGAGCGCCCAAGGCGCCGAACCAAUCGACGCUGUCGAGGUCACCAAGUGCUGGUCUGCCUACAUACACUACCAUGCAAAGACGUCUACGGCUUCCAACGACAAGAUCGGCUUGGACCGCGCCAUGGCGCUUGUACGAGAAUAUGUGUGCUUGUAUCCACCGCAACUGUCGCCGGAUAUGGCGGCGCGCAGCGGCCGGAGGAAAGCGCUCAAGAAAGCGCGUAUCAGGCAAAUGGCCUCGCUGCGCGAACACUCCUCCAAGACGCGACUCGAUCUUACGCCUCUACCGGUGCCCUGGAAAUCCCUGCAGACUUUAAUUGCACUCAGCGACCGCUCUGACCCGCUUGGCUUCAAGGACAACACGAGCUCCGUCAACACAGCAUCAGAUUGCUUGCGUACACAACCACCCGCAACGCUGCCGCUGUCGUUCCCUCCGAGCUUCUCGUUCCUCGACGUGCAAUUGCUCCACCACAGAUUGGUACGUUACGGUCGCACCAAAGACCUCGCGUAUCUCAGCUGGGUGUUGCAUCGAUAUGCUGCAGCGAGAAGGUCGCGUGGAUCGUAG